AUCUUCCCCUUAGUUGUGCUCUAGUGCUGGAGCUGAAAACACAGUGUGUCUUUCUCUGGACAAAGAAACACAUUAGUUACAUUUGUAUCAAAGAUUGAAAUCCUCUCUGUCACAAUGAAGACCUUGAUUCUUCUGCUUCUUGUGGGAAUACACGGCGCGGCCGCAGUGACUCAUUCCCUGAAGUAUUUCUACACUGCAUCUUCUGGAGUCCCAAACUUCCCAGAGUACGUGUCUGUUGGUUUGGUUGAUGAAGUCCAGAUAAGCCACUGUGACAGCAACACCAACAGAAACGUACCCAAACAGGACUGGAUGAACAAAGUCACAGCAGAUGAUCCACAGUACUGGGAAACACAGACUCAGAUCUGUGUGGGUAACCAGCCAUCCUUCAAAGCCAACAUUGGAAUUGCAAAGCAGCGCUUCGACCAAACUGGAGGAGUCCACGUUGUCCAGCAGAUGUACGGCUGUGAGUGGGACGAUGAGACUGAAGAGGUUAAGGGUUUUCUGCAGUUCGGUUAUGAUGGAGAAGAUUUCAUAGCAUUUGACCUAAAGACAAAGACAUGGAUCGCUCCAACACCACAGGCUGUCAUCACCAAACACAAGUGGGACAAUAACAACGCUGUGAUCGCACAGGCAGAGCAGUACCUGAACCAGAUCUGUCCUGAGUGGCUGAAGAAGUAUUUGGACUAUGGGAGGAUCCUUAUGCUGAGAACAGAGCUUCCCUCAGUGUCUCUCCUCCAGAAGACUCCCUCCUCUCCAGUCAGCUGCCACGCUACAGGUUUCUACCCUCACAGAGCUGUGAUGUUCUGGAGGAAAGAUGGAGAGGAGCUUCAUGAGGACGUGGACCAAGGAGAGAUCCUCCCCAACCAUGAUGAAACCUUCCAGAUGAGAGUUGACCUGAACAUUUCAUCAGUCACACCUGAAGACUGGAGGAGGUACGACUGUGUGUUUCAGCUCUCUGGAGUGAAGGACGACGUCGUCACCAGACUGGACAAAGCAGAGAUCAGGACCAACUAGGGAAAUAUUGGGAUUAGAAAGGAUGAAGGUGGUCAACAUAUUCUAAACUCAACAUUUUCAGGUAAAGCUGGGAUCAGACAUAACAGAGGUGGGAAACACAAAUGUAGUUUAUUUCACCUGAUUUUCUGCACAUGCGUUUUGUUGUUGUUGUGCUGAUGCGACCACUUGUCUCUUUUUUAGUUUGGGUUUGUUUUACAUCUUUGACAUUUAUCAAUUGCCACAAAAUUCAUUGAUUAAGCAGCUGCUUUGGUUAUUGUUAUAUGAAAUAAUUGUAUGCAAUGAGACUUGAUGAUGAAGGAUGAAACAGCAACAACAAUAUUGAAUAUCACAAUAUUUACUGGCAUAUGAAAUGUUUUUCAUAAUAUUGAGAGAAGAGAAUGUCAGCAUCGCUUGAAACAUAAAAUACAAUAAUACAAUUAUAUAAUAUAUAAUUAUUGUACAUCGCAAAUUUUGGGCUGGACUGGACUAGAUAUGAAGUUGCAGAUAUGGUUCAAGCCUAGUUGUGAUUUCAUCAUAUGGAUCAUGGGACUCUCUGUAAUUCAAAUAAACUUAAAGUUUUAGAAAUGUAUCUGCUUUAUUUUAUUGUAAGAGCUGAAAUUAAUGCAAAUCCAGUUUGAUUGAACUGUUCAUUUAUAUAUGUUUGUCCCUUUGUUAACACAUUAACAUUCAAAGUGUUGCACACAUAUGAAGUGCUAUAUUUAAUCCUCAGUACAGUGAGAAUUGUUGAUGAGAUGCUUUUGGUUCAGUAAACUAGAAACUGUUCGGUCAAAUAAAAUGAAGUGUGAACUUUC